AUGUACAUGUGUGCUCUAUGGCCUUUUCUUGCAGGAAAAGAUCAAAGCCUUGGCUGUUCCGGACUUUUUCCGAACCUAACUGAAAACGAGGAAAUGUGGUAUAACUUAAACAAGCUUGUCGCUCAUUGGCGUGAUGAACUCGGUUUGACUGAAGAAGGGUGGGUUCGUACUGAACAGUAUGACUUUGCUGCUGAACGAAACAAAUCUUUGAGCGGAGUUUGCCAAAGAGGGGGAGUGUAG